UAAACAAAACAGGAAAUUGCUAGGAAACAAGAAAACUUGUUAUUUUGAUUAUCGAUUUAAUAAAAAGGAAAUUCAAAAUAUACAAAUUUUAGUUAAAAGAUUUUCCAUCGUGCAGAUGGUAUGUGAAUUAAAAAAUGACUAGCCCUGCAAGUCGAACUGGUUUAAUACCGGCUUCAAAAUCUUUAUUUAAAUCUACAAAGCCACAAACAAAAAUUUAUCAUGAUGAAGCUCCAUCAUUUAACUUGAUUCCUUAUAAACUUUGUCAAUCUAUUGAACUAAGUAUUCGACCCUUUGGAGAUUUGUAUAAUCCAUAUUCAACGCGUUGUUCUGUUCUUUGCAAUCAUCCAGCACCAAGAAUUCUUCGAAGUAUUAUAAAAAACGCUAAACAUAGUAAACUGCAAGAUGUAAAAUCGUAUAGUAAACAAGAUCAACAAAAGUUCGAAACAUUUCAUCUGGAUGAAAACGGAGUUAUACCAGAAGAAUUUUACCAAAGGUAUAGAGAAACAGAUUCCAGGCCAUUAUCGCCAUCUCCAACAAAUAUUAGUGAAAAAACUCGUACCAGUGGUACUGGGUCUAUGGUUAAUAGACGUUGUAUUACACCAGAAUGGGGAAAAUUUGAAAUCAAUAAAAGAAAACAGUUAAUAUUGGAUUUAAGACGAUCACAUAGUCAAGAUACAAUUGCCUCGAAAGAUAUAACUUCAGAAAUGUCUCAUUUUGAUGAUAGGUCAAAAUUGGAUGAUCAAAAAUCUGCUCCGCAAAUAAAAAGACCAGACAGUAAGACAGUUGAAGGUAAAGCUAAAACUGAUCCUACUACAUGUGUUGAAAGUCCCUCUGAUGAUCAAGAAAAUCAGGAAGAUGAUAAUGACGCUGUUCAGCCUACCACUUGCAUAAAUGAUCGGGAUGAUUUUGAAGAACAAGAGGAACAGAGACGUGGUAAAAAACGUAAAAAACUUAAACAGCCACCAACAACAUUUCAUUUAAACAAGGACCCUGAAACGCAAAUAUCCACUUUGGGGCCCGAAUCGGUUGCCGCGAGUACUAGACCGUCUUUAAUUCCAACAACCGAGUUAAUUUUACCAGUCGCUACAAGUAGCAUGGGGAAAAGAAGUGUUGAGUAUGAAGCUUUAAAAGAAAGUUUUUUAACAACAGAAACUUUCAAAGUUUUAUCGACUGGUUUGGAUAUUGAUGUGUUAGAAGAUACUUUUGAAAAAUAUUUAUACAGAGCUCGAAAGGAAGCUAUGAAAUAUCUUUAUUUAAAACAAGAAAAACUUGAGAAUUCUGAUCAACCAACCUCAGCCAGUCGUUUACCUGUUUUUCCCCCUACUAUAGUUGAAACUGGAAAAGCUGUGAAAUGGUAUGAAGCGGAUCAAAAAAUACCAAGAAAACUGUCUAAAUCGGGUUGCAGAUUUGAAAUCCCAAUGAAUUUUGAAGAAUUGAAUAAAAUGUCCGCUUUUGAGUAUUUGUCGAAAUAUGCUUGGGUUUCAAGGCAACGUAAAUCGAUUUAUCGCAGAGUGUUUUUAAAAUUUAAGAGCGCGCAACAGGAAGAUGAGAACGGAAACGAAGAAGAACGUUUCAUUCCUACUGAGAACUUCCGAAAAGCUCUUUUUGAUGUUUUAGGAUUUUAUGGUACUCUUGAUGUAGUUACAAAAGUUGAACAAUUUGUGGAACCAGGAAAUUAUGAAGGAAAAUUAACCUUUCGAGCAUGGUGUGGAGUAGCUGCGUUUAGUGAAAGAUUAGCUUUGUACGCUCAUACAGGUGGUAAUGGUGGAACAGAUUCGUGUGAUGAACUGGAGAAAUCUGACUUUGAUAGUUUUGAGGAAAGAAAAAUUUUUUUAAAGAUGAAUAAGAAAUUAAAUUUCGUUUUAGCUAUUAUUAGAAAAGUACAAUAAAUUUUUUAAAAAAACAUUUUUCAGUUUUUUAUUUUUACAAUUGAAUACGACAAUAAUUAUGAUACAAAAGUAAAAUAGCGGGAUAAAAUCUACUAAAUUAAUUUUUUAUUAA